AUGGAUGAGACACAGUCUUCCCGGGUCGCAAAACGGCGCCCAGCCAAGGCGUGCAACACCUGUCGACGAAAGAAAGUCAAGUGUGACGGGAAACGACCGAUUUGCUCUUCAUGCAUGAUUUUCAAACUUCCCUGUGGUUUUGAAGAUGCCGGGAGUCAGCCCACUAGUCGCUUCACUCGUGCAUAUGUUGAAGAGCUAGAAGAGCGCAUCAAACAAAUGGACGAGCAACUACAGCAGCUGCGGCGGGGUGGACGCCCGGAAUCACCAACCUCUGUGGAUACUACUAGGCCAUCUGGGCUUGAUCGUUCUGAAUCAGAGGAAGCCAUAUUUUCUGCUCCUCGAGCUCCUGAUGAGAGUUCCUCUGACAGUCCACAGAACUAUGACCGGCCGUCGUAUUUCCUUCGAGCUCACGAUGGCAAGAUGCGCUUCUUUGGGGUGUCCUCUGGAUUUGGUAUCCAUUGCUCUCGGGAAGCUAGUCAGUCAAAAUCUGGACGGCCCAAGCUAGCCUGGGGAAAUGUAGCCAGACGUAAUGCCACCCAGUGGCCAUUAACAAACUGGGUUCCCCGAAUACUCCAAGACAGCUUUGAGAAACGUAUCACUCAGCCUCUGCCGUCAAAAGAGACUACACUGGCCCUAGUGGCUGAGUAUUGUGCAACCUUUAACCAGGCCAUCCCACUGGUUGAUGAUACGUCACUCACGCAGUUGGUAGAGAGGCAAUUCUCAUGGAACCCGGACGAGAGCCCUUCAUCGUGGGUCUUGAUCAACACUGUCCUUGCCUUCUCUUACAGGGGGAGGGCACAGUCAUCGACACACGAAAGUAGCGACUACUGGAGGAUGUCGCUAGGCCAUAUUAAAAACGCUUUGAAUGUUCUGGUCGACCUUUUUCUUCGCAAUGCAGAUCUUGCCGCCGUUCAAGGACUAUUAGGAUUAGCUUUGUACUUUCAGGGCACACCAAAUGCCCAGGCCCUGUUUAUGCUUGCGGCAUCAGCAAUGCGCCUGGCUCAUUCGAUCGGGCUGCAUAAAAACACCACUGCUGACUUCAGUCAAUCUGAGAUUGAAGAGCGACGCCGGACCUUCUGGAUCGCAUUUACUCUGGACGCUGAUAUCUCCAUGCGUGUGGGCCGCCCACCGGUCCAGGAUAUGGAAGACUACAGUACACCCCUGCCAUCUGAAACACCACACGACGGUAAAGGCAUCAUCUCGAUCGAUGGAACCUCUAUUAACUUUUUCCGCCUCCUUACACAAUUUGCCAUUAUCCAACGACGUGUCUACCGGCAUCUCCAGACGGUGGUCGUCGCCCGGCAACCCAAAGAGACUGCUCUUGAGUCUGCAGAGGCGUGCGAAAAGGCCCUUUUGCAGUGGAGAUACUCGUUCCCUGAUUUAUUACAGCCUCAGAACCCAUUUCUGUCCAAGCCUGACGCCCAUCUACAUGUAUUGCGCUUAUAUCUUGCGUAUCAUUGCUGCUACGCCAGCCUCCGCCAGCUCCCUCUGGUCUCUUCCGCUCCCACAUCCCAGGAAAAUCUCACAAUUGUUGACAAGGAUAUAAGCGCGCUUUGCCUCCGCUCGCUUGCCUCUGCACGGUCUGCGCUGCGCUUCCUCCCACAUUUACGCUUGCUCGAGUCUAGCCACAAAUGGAAUGUACUCUACUUCUUCGCCACAGCAUCCGUGGCCCUAUCAUCCGAGAUCUGGAUUCACCCUACGCACGAGCUCGCCAACGAUGAUUUAGCCAUGGCCCAUGAAGUCGUCAAGUUCUUUACGGCCGUUUCACAUGAGGAGCCCGGUACAUAUGUCGAUUUUAUCUUGAGCGUGUGUUCGGAUUUAGAGGUUUCUGCCAGACGGGCUUUUCACGAGGCACGUAUCGCGCCAACUGGAACAGAUGACAAUGUUGCCGAUAUACCUGGCAAUGUUGACAUUACGGGGCAGCAACAGCAACAGCAGCAAUUUGCCAACUACGCUGAUAAUAAUGGCGGUCUUUUCAAUAAUGAUCCUGCUGGGCUUCUUACUGACCCUAACGGUGACUUUCUCAACUCGCAGUGGUUUGUUCCUCCGUUUUGGAAUUGGCAGGAUAUGGUCAUCGGCGUGCCUGACUCGCCUGAAAUGAAUAGACGGACGGAUGACUUGUGA